GAGGAGGGGGCACUUCAGUGAAGAGUGUGUAAUAGGACACCCGCUCUCUCUGUCUUUUCGUCCUCCUCCCUCUCUCCUCUCCUCUCCUCUCUCCUGUGCUCUCUCAGUCAAGUCUGCUCUCUGAGCACUUAGAUGGAAUAGCAGCAUUUUUCUUCUUUGGUGUUAUUACAGGAUACUAGAAACAGGCGAGAAAUACGAUCCUGCCUUCCGAAACUUGGACCAGCAUCGGAGGAAGCUCCUGAGAGCAGCAGUGGUGACUGGCUUUGGUUCCUGAGUGGUGCAGUUAUGGGCAGGCCGGAGGGGUUGGCCAGGCCACCUCUGGUGUCAGCCAUGGCGUUUUCCCUCCUGGCUCUCUCUUUCCUCUGCACCGGGGUCUCCAGCCUCCCGCAGCCUCUGCCAAGAGUCUUCCUUUCCUUUGAAGACCUGCAGGCCUCUGAGUCAUUUGAACAUUAUAGUAUAUCAGACAAAGCCAUGGACUACAGGCUGCUGCAGAUGGAUGAGGACCAGGACAGGAUGUAUGUGGGCUGCAAGGACCAUGUUCUCUCCAUGGACAUCAACAACAUCACCCAUGGCACACUUAAGCUGUUUUGGCCUGCUUCAACAAGCAAAAUAGAAGAAUGCCAAAUGGCAGGCAAGGACCCUACACACGGCUGUGGGAACUUCAUCCGGGUGGUGCAGCCUUAUAACAGAACUCAUCUGUUCAUGUGUGGCAGUGGAGCUUAUAGUCCCGUCUGUGUGUACGUCAACAGGGGCCGCAGACCAGAGGAACAAGUAUUUCACAUUGACUCCAGGACAGAGUCAGGAAAAGGGAGGUGCUCCUUCAAUCCACAAGUGAAUACAGUCUCUGUCAUGCUCAAUCAGGAGCUGUUCUCAGGCAUGUACAUUGACUUCAUGGGGACAGAUGCUGCCAUCUUCAGGAGCCUAACCAAGAGAAAUGCAGUGCGGACAGAUCAGCACAACUCUAAGUGGCUUAGUGAGCCCAUUUUCAUCGACGCCCACCUCAUACCAGAUGGAACAGACCCCAAUGACUCCAAAUUGUAUUUUUUCUUCCGCGAGAGGCUAACAGAUAACAGUGGGAAUACUAAGAAUAUCCACACCAUGGUGGCCAGAGUGUGUCCGAAUGAUAUUGGCGGACAGCGCAGCCUGGUCAAUAAAUGGACGACCUUUCUUAAAGCCAGGAUGGUUUGUUCAGUUGUGGAGGAGGAUGGCACGGAAACCCACUUUGAUGAACUUGAAAGUGUGUUUUUGCUGGAAACGGAUCUGCCCAAGGGCCUGUUGGUGUUUGGCGUGUUCACUUCCACAAGUUCCGUGUUUAAAGGCUCAGCAGUGUGCGUGUACAACAUGGCGGACAUUCUCACAGUCUUCAACGGGCCCUUCGCUCAUAGAGAAGGGCCCAACUUUCAGUGGAUUGCAUUCCAGGGGCGCAUCCCCUACCCAAGGCCUGGAACUUGUCCUGGUGGAGCCUUCACACCUGACAUUCAGACAACAAAGGAGUUCCCAGAUGAUGUGGUGACCUUUGUCCGCAACCAUCCUGUAAUGUUUAACGCCAUCUAUCCGGUGGGGAGGAGACCCCUGGUGGUUCGUACGAAUGCUGAUUAUAAAUACACGGCAGUGGCUGUGGACCAGGUCAUGGCCGCUGACGGCAACUACCAGGUGCUCUUCCUUGGCACAGACAAAGGUACAAUACAGAAGGUGAUUGUGCUACCCAGCAACCAUUCCCUGCAUGACGAUCUGAUCCUGGAGGAGCUGGAAGUGUUUAAGAAUAAGGCUCCUGUUACAAACUUAAGAAUAUCCUCUAAAAAACAACAGCUGUACGCCAGCUCGGAGUUCGGGGUCUCGCAGGUCUCCCUGCACCGUUGUCAGGCUUACGGCUCGGCUUGCGCUGACUGCUGCCUCGCCAGAGACCCCUACUGUGCCUGGGAUGGACUGAGCUGCUCCCGCUUCUAUCCCACUGGCAAAAGGAGAAGCAGAAGGCAGGAUAUUAUGCAUGGAAAUCCACUCACUCAGUGUAGAGGAUUCAAUUUAAAAGCCUACAGGAACGCAGUGGAGAUGACACAGUACGGCGUAAAAAACAACACCACUUUUCUGGAGUGUCUUCCCAAGUCUCCUCAGGCGUCUAUUCGCUGGCUGAUUCAGCGAGACAAUGACAGAAGGAAAGAGGUUAAGCUGAGUGACCGCGUCCUCUCCACCGAGCACGGCCUCCUCAUCCGCUCUGUGCAGCUGUCCGACCAGGGUCUUUACUACUGCCUGACCUCCGAGAAUGGCUUUAAACGCACCGUCGCCAAAAUCCGUUUGCAUGUGCUGAGUGAAGCCAUGGUGAGCAUGCUGACAGACAAGCAGCAGUCGCCUUGGGCAUGGGCCAGCUCUUUGCACCCCAAGGUCCUUUUGGCAGCCUUCAGUCCCACAGAGAACCUGGCAGUGCAACAAUACUGCAAAGAGAGAAAGGAGCUCAAGAACCUCCAACAGAGGCAGCAGCAGCAGCCAUCGGAGCCGCCCGGACCUCUCAGAGGGGAUUUGGCCAAACUGAAACCAUUGCUGGACCGGAGGAAGAGCCGCAAUAGACGCAAUCACCCAGAGGACUGACAGAAGGAGCUUGCAGCUGCAAAAACGGACAUGCACAACUUCCUGUAGUCCCCACAAAACAGUUACAGAUCCCCAUAUUCCAACUUUCAUCUCAACCUCAGAGCUCCGUAGUUGAUAGACAUUAGAGGGAGAAGCAUGGGGAAAUGUUAUAUAGCAAUAUGUCCUUUUUUUUUUUGCAUGAGGUACUGUGACCAGAAGGCUGUGACAUGAGCCAUUCUUUUUUUUUUUUCACAGUCACAACACAAAUCAAAGCAGCCCUAUUAUGACUGCCACUAAGAAUCUGUUGUCUCUGCUGACAUUGCUAACCAUAAUACAUGUCAGGUCGCCGCUAUAUUUUAAAGCGGGAGUAGAAUUUGAACUAGUUGGACAAAAGCUCACAGUCAAUUUGUGCUUCUUGAAAGAAGAGGAAAGUCAUUUAAAAAGCUUGUGUUAAAUGGAGCUGUUUGAAAAGGGACGAGCAAUAGGCAAAUGCAUGUUUAUUAGAUGCUACUCCUUUUUGAAUAUUUUAUUUUUUAACUAACCAAACGAUUAAAUUAUGGGACACUCUACAGGACUUUGAGGUCAUGCUAAGAGCCCACGGCAAUAAAAAGUGUGGUGUUGGAGGGACGAAAGUUAAAACUCUAUUUGUUCAAAGGCCAAGCUUUACGUCCAGUGCUGAUGCUAUCCAAAUGGCAAUUCUUGUUGCAUACAUGUCGUCUAUAUUUAUUCCUACUACUCAGAUGUACAUGUACUGUAUGAAUAUGUGCCUCAUGUGUAAUCUGCAUAUUGUAUCACAAUUCUCUCAUUUCCAACACAGACGCAUGUUCAUAGAAGGUGUCUUAAAUCCUCGCCUCGGUAAGAUUUUAGCAACCAAGCUAGCAGAUACGCACAUUUUAAUUAGUGUAAAACUACGCAGCUGCUGAAACACGACAGUAUCCGUUAUUGGAUCCACAUUUUCUGAGCUAUCUCCAGCAACUUGGACAUACUUUUAAUUCAGAAGUAGUAAUUGUCAGUGAGGUAGUCUGUGAUUUAGAGCCUUCAACAUAUGUGAAAAGCCAAUUUUUUUUCCCCUAAGCAUAGUUAAUGUAGAUAGCGAUUAUUUGUUGCUUGUGUACAGAGCUUUUUGUUGUUGUUUCUCUGUUUGUUUGGAUGUUUCAUUCUUUUAAUUUAAUGUUGUGCCAGGUGUUGUGUUUUAAAUGUGUAUAUAAUUUCAACAUAUUUCGCCAACUAACUGCGACUGUGUCUGCAAAUUGUAGAGGCAUACAGUAUUAUUUUGAUUUUGAGAAAAAGACUUUCUAGCGUUCUCACGUACAGAUCUCUCCAGCAUCAUGUCAACAGUGUAAUUUUAGUCUUAUGAAAAAUAUGUAUUUCUAUUUAUUAAUGUCAUGGUAGCCUGAAUAAAUGUGUUCAGAUCACUCCCA